AUGGACGGCAAACUCAGCAGAGACGAGUUGAAGGCCAUCUUCCAGAAGGUCUCCAACUGGGACGAUGACAUGAUCGACCUCCUCCUGGAACAGUGUGAUUACAACAAAGACGGCCAACUCCAAGUGCGGGAGUUCAUCGACUUCAUGUUCCGAGGUGCCAAGAUGGAGCGCGAGGAACGAGGGAGGCCCUUGAGGCUCGUGCGGAUCAUGGCCAUGCACCAGGCCUACUUCGAGGACCUGCAGCCGAGGGUGACCGACUUCUUCCACAAGCACGGGAUCAAAAACAUCGAUCUCAACUACGAAGCCGAAUGGGAAAAGGCUUUGCCCUACUGUGAGGAGAAUGAUGUGGACGUCCUCGUCGUCGACUCAGACGCCAUCCGAUGCGCAGUGAGGGAUGACGCGACCCUUUGGGCCGAGCGGGACAAGUGGUUCGACAAGCACGAGAUUCCGGAGGGGAAGCUCUUUCAGAUAAUGCCGUUUCUGCAAGAGAUCGUCAAGAAGAGCAAGAAUCCUGUAAUUGCCCUGCAUCCCUGGCUGAAGGAGACGAAGUCCCAAGCGGCUUGCUUGGAUCGCAUCACCUCGCAGCUCAGGGAGUGGAGGGAUGGCAUCAAGGAGAAGCUGAAGAACUAUGGGGACCGCCUGGAGCAGAAGGAGCGCUUCCAGGACCGGAUCAGUGACAUGGAGGCCUUGAUCGAGGCCUCGGAAGCUGAAGAGAAGAGGCAGAAGGAGAGGGACAUCGCCGCGUUCAGGCCCCUCUUUCAGCAGAUCGCGGACAAAGCCGGCUGGGACGAGAAACGAGCUGAGCAAGUCUUCGAUCGGCUCGUCAGAGGGACUCUGUACACGGAGACAUGGUUUGUCGAAGCAUUCACCGAAGGGAGCGUGGAGAAGGAAUUGGACAAGAUUUCUGUAGAACAGUUUCCGGAGGAUGAAAUGACAGUUUUGACAGACUUUGCAUUCGAGCACAACGACCUUGCGAAGACGGUGCGGUACUUGGCGUCGAAAACUGGCUGGGAUUUGAAGGACCAGCAGCAGGUUUGCCACAAGCUUCGGCGAGUCGGCUGCGUGGAAAAUCGCUCCCUCCAGGUGGCCUUGAAAACGAAAAGCCUGAAUGCCCGGCUGAAGAAGCACAAGUUCCUGCCCUUUGGCGACAGCUCCCUCGAAAUUCUCGAAGGAUGGGCCUCCAUCUAUGCCGCCAGCCACAGCCUGGGAUAG